UUCGUUUUCGUUUACUAUUAAAACGAUUUCCAUUAUUUUGACACAUUUUGCUCACGGCUCGCCGUCUCUUCCGGAAACUGCAAUUCUCCUCCCACUCGUGUUUUUCCCCCUAUCCUCCACGCAAGGAUGACAGCAGCAUCCUUAGGCCUGCUAUCAGCUGUUAGGAACAUCUGGACAUAGAAUUAUAAAGAUGAACGUUUAGGUGGUGAAGAUGGCUGGAUGACGUCCCAGUCUCUUCUUCCUGGCUCGAUGGGAUCGGAGAUUUGCAGCUCCUUCGCACACUGACCUGACAUUGUUAUUGUUGAGCCAGUUGUAGCUGCAGCGCCUGCUGGGCAGCAGUGAGCUGGGUGGAGGGUAAAAUGAUCCAAGGCUCAAACAUUUUGGGCUAUGAGAGGCCCCUGGUCAUCAGGAUAUCAUUCGCCACUUGUAUUGUAGUUACUGUGUGCCUGCCACUGUUAGGACUCAUCACUUGCGUCUCCAUAUCCUCUCUCUUUCACUUUGAAGAUGCUACUGGUACACAUUGCCAGGUUCCCAACUACCUGCCAUCCAUCAGUGCCUCUAUCAGCCUCAGUCCUGAGUGCCACAUCUGGCGGUUCUGCAUCGGACUCCACUCUGCUCCGAGGCUUCUGGUGGCCUUUACCUACUUCAGGUUUUACAAGUCCCGCUUUGCUGCCAGGUCCUCCGAGAGCGCACUCAGCUGCUUGAACUUGACCUUUUCCGUUUUUGAGAACCUGGGCCUGCUGCUUCUUACAUAUGUGUCAUCUAGUGAGACGUACUUUGUGCAUAAGGAAGGCUUUGUCCUCUUCAUUGUGAGUUCACUUAUCUACAUGCUGAUAACCUGUCGUUUGUGGAGAUCAAUUAAGAAGUAUUCAUUAAGUCCUGAGGAUGCCAAGUCUCAUCACUGGAAGGUUCGCUUCUUACUCCUCAAUGUUUGCUUCUGUGCUUUUGCUGGAUUCUUUUACUGGAAACACAACAUGUACUGUGAAUCAGGAAGUUACACCUUUUUUGCGCUGUUUGAGUACCUUGUCGUCUUCUCCAAUAUGGCCUUCCAUCUGACAGCAGUUUGGGAUUUCAAGAGUCGGGAGGUUGUGGUCAUUUCCUCCUUUGAGGACAAAGACUUCUGACUAGAACCUAAAGAUGAGCAGGAUAAAUGUGCUGGAACUAAACCACAUGAUGAAGACAGCAGCGAUCCCGUUGAAGAAGAUUGGGAUGGGCUUUUCCACAUUUUUUCAUAAGGACUUAAGACUUAAGAGCUUAAAGUGAGUCAAUGUCAGUCAAGUGCAAACAGAUGAUACACACAUAUAUAUACAUGAUGGAUGGAGAAACAGCUUAUGUUCCAAUGUGACUUAUGGUUGCCUUCAAUUUUACAUAUUAUUUUAGGUGAUGUGAAAUUUUACUUUGACAUCAAGCACAGCAAGUACUGUAUGUCUGUCAAAGUACAUAAUAUGUGUUUUAGUAAUCUGAAUACAUCCUCAGAAGUAAUUGCUUCAAACACAGAAUUUUAUAUCUUUCACAAAGUAUAUUAUUCAUAUUGUUGUUGAGACCUGGAAGUGGUGUUCCAGUUGUGUUUUAUAAUAAGCAUUUAAACCCAAAAUAAUAUUAGUUUCUCUGCUGAAGAAUAAACUUACUUUCAUUGAUCGCCAAUAAAACUGCACAUACCUUCAGAUUGCCAUAGAUGACAAAAGUCAGAUGUUGUCUGUCAUUUGAACCUUUUUAGUUACGUUUUGUUAAUAAAGUAUUCGUUACGGAGGAACACCUUUUGUCUACAUACAACACUAACAGUGAUGCUUGUUUAAAAUAACAGUAAAUGUGUUGCAUAUUA